AUGGCAUCUCUCCCGCACAUUGCCACGGCCACCAGCUCGGCGGCCAUUCGCCUAUUCGGCUUCAUCUUUCUCAGAUGGAUUCCCGGUCAUCACUUUGUGCCUAUCAUCUUCACCUCGCUGGCAGUGUAUUUGACAUCCCUUGUUUUGCUGAGCAGAAAUGACCACCCAAGAUCCAAUCGCUCCAGGAGUACCACAAAAGGCUCCAAACGCACUCGAGGACCCAAAACUUCCGAGCCCGGCGAUUCCGGGCUGAAGACCCUACUGACAGGCCUUCCUUCCAGACGGUCGCCGCUGUGGACCUGGACAACGGUCCUGAUCAACAUCACAGUGGCAUUGCUGACUAUCGAUUUUCUGAUUCGAGGGCUAGUACUGUACCCAACCACUGCCGUAUCAUUCUCUCGAAUUGGCUAUGUCUCGUCAACUACGGCCAACUUGCUCUUCCGCGAGCCAGAUCCAAGUCAAUUGCCCGUGGUGAUCUCAUACCGGGAGGUUUCUUCCCCAUCCUCUCAAAAAUUGACUGAAGAGGGGACGGUAUACAAACUGGACAACAGCACUGAUUAUACCGCGGCUGUGACAUUGAAAAACUUGAAACCGUCAACCCACUACAAGUACUCGCUAUCCAACAAUAAAACUGGUAGCUUUAUCACGGCGCCGCAGCCAGGGUCCCCCGCGGCGAACAGGCUAUCCUUCGUCACAUCAAGCUGCAUAAAGCCAAACUUCCCAUACAACAUCCUCUCGCAUCCAUUAAAGAUUCCAGGAAUCGAGAAAAUGACGGAAGCACUUGGCAAGCUCCCCGCACUCCUUCGACCAGCCUUCAUGCUGUUCCUGGGCGACUUUGUCAAGCUCAGUCGAUGGCCCUGCCAUCGACCUCCCCUGAUCCAUACUCUUGACGACCAUGAAAUCGCGAAUGACUGGUCUCAGGGUAACAAGACGGCGCCUUAUCCGGCUGCCGCGGAUCCAUUCUUGCACUACCAUGUUGCCGCCAAUCCGCCCAUCCCGGAGAAAGCGUUUGCCCAUCCUGACGAAGUAACUUACUUCUCCUUCGUCAACGGGCCAGCCUCGUUCUUCAUGUUCGAUACCCGCACAUAUCGCUCCGCGCCAUCCCAGGACAACUCUACUAUCUUGGGUCAUGCACAACUCCAAUCACUCCUGGCCUACCUCAGCACUCCAGAGCCGGAAGGUGUCCAUUGGAAAAUCAUCAGCUCCAGCGUACCCUUCACCAAGAAUUGGCACGUCGGUACGACAGAUACAUGGGGUGGCUUCCUGAACGAGCGCCGCACCGUGUUCGAAGCAAUGUGGCGCACUGAACGCGAGCUCAAUGUGCGCGUCGUUCUAUUGAGCGGCGACAGACACGAAUUCGGCGCCACGCGCUUCCCAGAUCCCAGUCUUGAACUACCUCCCUCUGAGUUACAGUCGGAUACGCCAGGCCUGGGCAUUCACGAGUUCAGCGUUGGUCCGCUCAGCAUGUUUUACCUUCCCAUUCGCUCGUAUUAUCAGACAGACGACGAGGAUGUCUCUGUGAAGUACGCACCUGAUGGAAACAGUAAAUUCGGAUACAUUGAUAUCGCCGAUGGCGCUGACGAGGUUGAUCCUGCUGCUCCGGCCCCUGUUCCCGUGCGAAGCUCGAUACUCACGUACUCGCUAUACGUUGAUGGCGAGGUCGUUUGGAAAUACCGUCUUAGUAUCCCACUGGAGGCAGCUGCUGGGGCCCGUGCUACACAGGAUUCUGCCAAACGGAUUCAUUUCCCUCCUGGACGGGUGCUGGAGGAUAAGCUUGUCAAGAAUGGAUGGGAUGUUGCGUUCAAGACUGCCAUCGGUAGAACGGAGGAGCUGGCACAUUACUGCCUUGACAUCGCGACUGCAACUUAUUAUACUCUGCUGGACAAAGUUCAGGCUGCAGAGAGACUCAGUUAG